UUGUUUGAAAUUCAGGUGCCAUACGUUGACGAUAGUAUCUCAAAAAAUAUUUCAUCAACGUCGACCAGCGCAACACUUCCUAAUCACACAGCUGAAGUUGAGAUUCCUUCUCCCAAGAAUACGGAUAGCACCUCAAAUGACGUUUGCAAUGGUGACACGCCGGGAGCUGGAUAUCUUGAUCAAGCAGAGCUGAGUUAUGAAACAAUCGCCGGUGACGGCAACCCUGUGCGUCACUCGUUGUUGAGCCUCGUAAUGGAAGAAGACAUCCCUGCACUUAUGGAAGCAAUGAAUGAAACGUUCACUUGUGAAUUCGAGGAUUUGAAUGAUCAAAGUCCAUCCACUUCAUCUAUAUUACACACGCCCGAAACAAGAAAAGAACGCAGAAAGGCAAGACAGGCAAGUUUGUGUUCAGUAUCCUCGAUUCGUUUUGAGGAAGCAAGUCCCAAGGUUUAUACGUAUCUGGAUGAAGUAUCAGCUAUAGUGAAAAAGGAGUGGGUGGAAGGUGUACAUGUCGAUUAUGAGACUUAUCAAAAAAUACUAGCAGCAGGAGAGGAAGAAUACAGGAAUAUGGUGACGGGGCUACUCAAAUGGAAGGAAGAAAUGAACGCCCGAGCACCGGAGAACGAUAUGUCUCAGGAAAACGAUGAGUACAACGUUGACACCUCUUCAAAUCUUCGCUAUUCGUCACUUACUGAAAAUAACACUAUGUGUGUAUAA